UUCAGCUUGUUGACAGGCUGACUACCAUCGCCAUGUUACGUUUUUAAUAGAUUUUAUUUUCAGAUUUAUGUAAUGUAUACAAACAUCUCAGUAACGUAUACCGUUGUGUCAUGUGUUGAUCCUCUGUCCUGUUCUCCUGGCUCAACGAACUCCUCCAGCAACGAUAAACUUCUUCUGUGGCGAUUCUUCUUCUUCUCCUAAUAAAUGUAGAUUACAAUUCUUUGUGGUACAUAGCGCCAACUAGUGCACAGGAGGGACUUAGCAGUCAGUAGUCACUGAUUUCAAAAAGCAACUGGCUCCUUUUGACAAGGUCCAAUCAGAUUUCAUGGGGGUCCAGUGCUACCCCGGCCCCCUCUAGCUCCACCUCUGGGCGUGGUCCACAUUAAAGGUCAAGAGGUCACUUAAGUUUAAUAAUGAAGUGGAAUAAAAGAAACUUCCCAUCAGCCACCACACCGUCUCACUUCCUGUCACUCUCUUUGUUCCUGUUACAGACUGACCUUUGACCUGCUGCUGAUGAUAAAGUAUGAUGUCAUUGUGUUUCAGACGUCCAGGAUCAGCACAACGAGCACACAACCACACACACUGCCCCAGUCACAGGCCACACCCACCAGGGCGCUGAUAUGUUGAACCAACACCAUGGACGCCACCAUCAACCACAUGAGGACGAUGCCGCCGCCCACCAUUACCCAGAAGUCCCUGCUGCUCUCCCUGUCCCUGACAUGAUGGCUCUGCUCAUGUCCCAGCUGCAUCCGCUCCUCCACAACUUCAACCGCUCGCUGGAGCACCUGACGCGACAGGUGGACGACCUCGCCCAGGAGGUGCUGCAGCUGAGGAGCGGGUGGCCGGGGGCGGAGCUUCAGCUGCAGGUGGGGACGACGGAGGCGCUCAAGCACAACGAGGAAGCAGAGGAGAUAUUAGACGCCAAACUGGACGAGGUGUACAAGCACAUCAGGGAGGUCCAGGCACAGCUGGAGACACACAGGUUGGACACGGACAGCAGACUACACUCCCAGCAUGCAAUGCUGCACUACAACCUCACCAGCUUCAAGAUGGACAUGGAUGUGAAGCUGAAACGUCAGCAGAAGAUGCUGCAGAUCAGCCUGCAGGCCAUGGAUCUGAAGGUCAACCAGGACCAGACCACAGAGGCGGAACUGGAGCCCCACGCCGCUCCCCCUCCCUCCAUGCUCCGCCCACUGCCGCCCACAGACUCGUCCACACUGUGGGAGGCCAUCAAGCGUCUGGACAACAUGGUGGUCAACAACACAGUCAAGGUGGGCGGGCUGACGGAGGACGUGGACGUGACCUCAGGAAACGUCCAGAGACUCAGGUUUGACCUGAAGGAUCUGGAGAAGCUGAUCAACCAGACUGCUCGUCGCAGUCAGGUCCUGUUCAUGGAGACGGGUCUGGAGGUGGAGGACGCUAAGGUGGGCGUCCUGAAGAAGGUGGACGAGCUGACACGAAACAUGACUCAGCACCUGCAGGAGGUGGACGUGGACAUGGAUUACCUGUUCACCGCCCUCUACCGCAACCACUCUGCCCCGGACUGUGACUGCAAGGCACUGACCGCCGCCGUAGUUCAGCUGGAGAGGGGCGUGGCCAAUGUGACAGCCCUGGCCAAUGAGAACAGAUUAGCCCUGGAAGCAGAUGAUGACAGAGGGGUGGAGCAGUGGGACGGGGCCAAUGACUGGGAGCCGGCGGUAGAAGCGCUUCAACGUGGUCUUCAGCUGGUGAAGGAGUCUGUGGUGUUGGAGCAGACCAGGAGCCUGACUCUGAGCCAGACUCUGAACCAGACUGUGAGGCAGCUGAGCAGCUCGCUGAGCCUCAGCGUGGCCGAGGUGAGCGUUCUGAAGCGGAGCAACGAGCAGCUGAGAAAGGACCUGCACAAACUGUCCGCGCCCUUCGACUCUAUGCUCAAAGACGCCAUCAGACACAGCGACGUGCUGGAGCUUCUCCUGGGCGAAGAGGUGCUGGAGUUCCUGGAGUGGCCGGUCCAGGACCAGGAGGCCCAGUCCAUCCCAGCCCUGAAGGAGCAGCUGAAGAACCUGCAGGAGGAACUGAGAGGACACAGCCUGAGCAUCACGUCACUGCUGAGCAGCAGGGCAGGAGUCUGGGAGGAGGUGCCAUCUGCUGACCAACCCUCCUUCUCCUCCUCCCUCCUCCUCCCCGAUGACAAGAGUCCUGGUGGUAUGAGGAGGAGCAACAGCGGAGAAGCAGCCCGGGAGCAGCAGCUCUUCCUGCGCCCUGACGAGAGGCGUCCGGAGCAUGAGGGAGACGGCAGUGAUCUGUGGAACCUGGAAAAGAUGAUGCAGGACCUGGAGCUGAAGGUGAAGCAGCUGGAGGACAAACCCUGUCCCUGUCCCAGCUCCUCCACGGAGAGGGAGGUGCUGUCCAAACUGCAGGAGGAGGUGACGUGGCUGAAGAGAGGCCUGGAGGAACAUCUGAGGGUCUUCAAGAACGUCUUCACUAAAACUGACGUCCUGGUGGCAUCAAACGCAGCGCUGGAUCUGGAUCAAGUGUGGCAACUGGUGAAGAACCAAAAAACUAAGAAAGAGAGGAAGAGAGGAGGAGCCAGAGGAGGAGGGGACGAGCCAGGAAGAAGAGGAAACCAUAGAAACAGGAGGGAUCUACCUGGUGGCGCUCUUGUGUCAGAAGACUCUGUGAUGUUUGUGGCAUCUCUGAGGAUUUCAAACAGCGCGGUGACGUUUGAUACGUCUCUGAACCCAGGACAUUUUCACUCUGACACCGGGACCUUCACCGCUCCAGUGGACGGGGUCUACGUCUUCAUCCUCACCUUCAAUCUAAAGUCUGGCUCCGCCCCUAUUGUCCUCAGGAAGGUGGGCGGGGUUUCAGUGUCUCUAAACCGACAGAAUGUGACAGCAGCGGGGGGGCCGGCCACAUCUGUGGCACUCCUGCGGCUGAGGAAAGGGGAGGAGAUAUGGCUGGAACUGAGGGGCGGGGCAUGGGCGGAUUCAGAGGACAAUGUCUUCACUGGGUUAUUACUGCAUCGCACCACCUGAGGGCGCUGUGGAACAGUCAGCUGAGCACAGGAGGAGAACUCGAUGUUGUUUUAUGACAGAAGCACCUUACACAAAACAGCGGGAAUCAAACCAUCAACCCUUCAACCGCCGGUCGUGGACUUCUUCCUCUGCUCCACCGGUUUAGUCCGGAGGUGUUUAGCUUAACCUAGCUUAGACUGGAGAUGUGAGGAAAUAUUUAUCAUAAGAAAAACAUUAAAUAUAAAUGUUUAGACAGCUCGCCCCCUGGUGGCAG